UGAUAUGGGAGAUUUGUUGGCCGGGGAUGGAGCGACGCUGCAGGACACAGACAGAAGACGCGAAGCCUAUUGUCUCUAUUCUCAGCGUUUCGCUUCCGCCCUUUCUUCUCUGUGUGAGGCCCGCGGCGGCGCGCUGCAAUGACGUCAUGUCUGGGAGGCAGUCCGCGCGGCCGAGUGACGAGCAUUAGUCCGAGGGAGGGGGCGCGGUCACGUGACGGGCGCCCGCUACUGCUACUGCCGCCGCUGCUGCUGCUUUGUGAGGCGCAUUGUGCUGCAGAUUUUCUAUUUUGUACAUACAUUGUUUUGUAUAUACUGUAUAUGAUGACUUCGGUGGGAAAUGAACGAACCCGGGUCACUCGGGAGAAGCCACCGAUUUCAACCCCACAGACACAAACCCAGAAACAGGUACAAGUACAGGCAACAGCUGAGCAGAUUCGCCUUGCACAGAUGAUUUAUGACAAAAAUGAUGCAGAUUUUGAGGACAAAGUGAAACAGCUUAUGGAAGUCACAGGAAAGAACCAGGACGAAUGCAUAGUGGCACUUCAUGACUGUAACGGAGAUGUUAACAGAGCUAUAAACAUUCUGCUGGAAGGCAAUUCAGAUACAACAUCUUGGGAGACCGUUGGGGGGAAAAAGAAAAGCAUUGGCAAAGAGAGCUCUGAAAACAAAGAAAACAGAGAAAGGAGAAGCGACAGAGAAAUGAGCCGUGGCCGUGGCAGCUCCAGUAGGCGAGGGCGGGGAGGAAGCCGUGGUAGAGAGUUUAGAUCAGAAGAAAAUGGCGUAGACAUUGGCCCUGGUGACAGACCUUCUGACCGUGGCAGACGAGGUCGUGGCAGAGGAUUUGGAGGCAGGGGCAGAGGAAGGGGAUCAGGAAGAUUUUCCGCACAAGGCAUGGGAACAUUUAACCCCGCUGAUUACACAGAAUCUGCUGCUAAUGAUGGGAAAACAGAAGUUUGGGAAACUGGCCAGAACGAUGGAUAUGAUGGAACCGAGAUUUCAAGCAGUCCAUUCGUGCCUCCUGUGAAAGGUGCCUGGCGCAAUUCCCUAGAGGAGUGGACAACGGAAGACUGGAAUGAAGAUCUCUCUGAAACAAAGGUUUUCACUGCAUCUUCAGUUCCCACAGAAAAUCACAUCACCCCAGGUCAAAGUACCGACUUGGUUGCCCUUCUUCAGAAGCAGCCGUCCAGCACAGAAACAGAUACUGUUACAUUUGAAGCCUCUCAGCAGAAGAACUUCGGUCAGGCCUUGGUUUUCACAAACUCUCAGCACAGCUCUCAGAUCACCUCUGUUGCCACCACCUCCAAUGCCGUUAAUAGUUACUCUCCGCAAAGCCUUUCAUCUGUCCUUGGUUCUGGGUUUGGUGAGCUUGGUUCUUCAAAACUGGCAAACUCUCCUGGGUCGCAGAUACUUGAACAGCUGAAAAGUCCUGGCUUGGGACAGUUCACAAAUUCAAACUCCCAACAAAGCAGCACUAGUACAGCAGUGACUUCUUCCUGGGAUAUUAAGCCCACCGGCCCACAGUCCUCCGUCCUAGGUCAAUUCGAUUUCAAGACCCAACCUGAACCUUCCCCAGUAUUGAGUCAACUUUCCCAACGUCCACAGCAUCAGCCACCUCCAGGUCUAGAAUCCUUCUCUCCCCAGGUCAAGCUCAGAGAGACCUCCCCUGUGGAUAUCUCCAAUGCAGUUGGUAAAAUGCUGCAACUUCCCAACCUGUCCUUAGAUCCUCUGACAAUCUCCACGCAACAAACGCAGCAGCAAAAACAGCUCAAACCUCAGAAACGGCGGAUACCUCCAACCUCAAAGGUGGGCAUCCAGAAAAUUCCUGCAUCCGCCGUGGAGAUGCCAGGAUCGGCCGAUGUCUCCGGGUUAAAUGUGCAAUUUGGAGCCCUGGAAUUUGGAUCAGAACCAUCAUUGACAGAGUUUGGAUCAAAUUCAAGUCCAGAUCAUACAAGUCAAAAAUCUAACCACUUGUAUUCAACAACAAUAGGUGACUCCCUGAGUGCCUCUCUGCCAAUAUCCAGUGGAGUGCAGGAGCCAAGUUACACCCCAACUGUCAUCGCCACUUCCAACCUCAGCAGCUCCUCGCAGAGCACCAGUCCUGUGACCACAACAUCCUCUUCCUCCUCUUCCUAUGAGCAGACGUCUGUGCAUAGCCGGAUAGCAUACCAAAGCUCCGUGCCUCCUGCAGAGGUGCUGCCUGUCGCUGUGAGUUUAGUUACUAAUGGACAUAAUGGAAUUCGUGCACAAACAGCUCUGAGCACUACACCUUCAGUCCAGCCUGUGAAGCCUGAAAUUUCUCCUCCAAGCCUCUCGUCUGUAGGGUCCCUGCCCAAUACAGUUCCCACCACCUCCUCUCUCCUUCCAUCUACGUCCCAGCAUGCAUCUGUGACUCUCUCGAGCCUCCCACAGCCAAGUGACCUCUCAAGCACCCCUCUCUCACAGCUCAACAGCACUUUGUCUGGGCACCAGAAUAGCCUUCCUGCAGCCUCAGUGUUGUCAUCUUCAGCCUCCCACUUGACUAAUUCAGUGUGUAAUUUGCAGCACACAAGUGUUGAGAACACGGUGCAGCCCACCACAACCUUCUCCACUGCUUCAACGUCUGCUACCAGCACCACCUCCUCCGGGAUCAGCAUUGCAAGUACCAUGAACUCUAGCAACACCCUGGGACUCGGUGCACCCAGUGUCAGCAUGCCCGCAGCAACAACACGGACUGCACCCCUCGUUACAUCAGGAAAAGCUCCACCAAACCUUCCUCAAGGCGUGCCCCCUCUAUUACAUAACCAGUACAUUGUAGGACCUGGAGGGCUACUACCUGCGUACCCACAGAUCUACGGGUAUGACGAUCUCCAGAUGCUACAGUCCAGGCUGCCUAUGGAUUACUAUGGAAUUACAUUCCCAGCCCCAGCUACUCUUACAGGCAGAGACGGUGGCCUUGCAAGCAACCCAUACUCAGGUGAUGUAGCAAAGUUUGGACGUGGUGAUUCUGCGUCACCAGCACCAGCCACAACAUUGGCUCAACCUCAGCAGAACCAAACUCAGACCCACCAUACAGCUCAGCAGCCUUUCUUAAACCCAACUCUGCCCCCAGGUUACAGCUACACAGGCCUGCCCUAUUAUGCUGGUGUUCCUGGGGUACCCAGUGCGUUCCAGUACGGGCCUACCAUGUUUGUACCUCCAGCAUCAGCCAAACAGCAUGGGGUCAAUCUUAACACAGCCUCCACUCCCUUCCAACAGGCUGGGGGCUACGGGCAGCAUGGCUACGGUGCAGGUUAUGAUGAUCUGACACAAGGAACAGCGGCUGGAGAUUACAGUAAAGGAGGCUAUGGUGGCUCAUCUCAAGCACAAAGCAAGUCAGCCGGAGCUGGACCUGGGAAAGGGGUGUCUGUGAGUUCCAGUAACAUGGGAGUGCCUGAUAUCAGUGGCUCUGUCUACAAUAAAACUCAGACUUUUGACAAACAGGGAUUCCAUACAGCUACGCCACCUCCCUUCAGCUUGCCUUCAGCACUGGCAUCUACUGGGCCCCUAAAUCCAGGAGCCGCUGCCGGAUACGCUCCAGCCCCUUUCCUCCAUAUUCUGCCGGCUCAUCAGCAGCCUCACUCUCAGCUGCUGCACCACCACCUUCAGCAGGACGGACAGGGUGUCUCUGCACAGCGCAACCAGCCCAACCCCAUGCAGCAGAAGUCUCAGGCCAACAAGACGGCCUACGCCAGUUCCCCGUACUGGACAAAUUAACCCCUUCAUGUGAACCAUGCAGCUAAAGGAAGAGUCCGCUAGAGCCCAUUCCUGGACACCACCAUUUGUUUGAAAUAAAACACAACUGUGAUGAGCCAAAACGUCUGUGCGGGGGGGGAGGAGCCAGCGAGCGCCUCGCUAGUGUGGAAUUGGCCCGCUUUCUUUUUGGUUUGCUGUUGUAUGUAAUAUAUUUAUGUAUGUAUUUGUAAAUGUAAUAGAGCCUAAAUGUGGUUUCUCUGCAUUUUGCAGCCUUUUUUUCUUUGUAGGGGGCAUUUGAAGUAACAUCCGCAUCCGUGCAAAUAUAUAUAUAUAUAAAAUAUUUUUGUUUUAAGCUCCUUGGUUUAUAAGGAAAGUGCCAUUUUAAAAGAAAAUAAAUACAAAAACAAGCUCAAGCCCCACUUAUUUAAAAUGUUCCUGUUUGGAAUCAAAGGAUCAAUCAUGUUUGGCCUUUAUUUUGCUUUUCCUUUUGUUUUUUUGUUUUUCCCUCCCAUUAGCCAUCGAGAAGAGAUUAAUUUGGAACCGAAUGUUUAUAUGAAAGAAAUAUGGUGGUCCCCUUGCCAUUCUGUCAGCCUCACUCUCAUAUCCAUCACAUUUCUUUUUUUAUUUUAAAUAAAAACAAAGUAACUUCUGCA